GGUCUAGAUUCGCAUUUAUAGGUCUUCUUUUUCCCUGGGGAGGAGGUUGUACGCUGCGAACACGAGACGAGCUUCGACAAGCUUCAAAUCGUGAAUAACAAGUGUAGUCAUAAAACGAAAUUUCUUUGGUAAGUCUUAUUCUUUUUGUAGGGUACGUGAGAGUGAGCCUUAACAAGCAGUGUACAUAAUAUUUUAAUGCCCGAUAGCUCGUCAAUGUUGCUAAUAUGAUGGCGUGACCUGCAGCACAGCUCAAAGCUUAAGUACGGGUAAAUUGAAAUAAUCUCUUAAGCAUAUAGUUCCAUUUAGGUUCACCAGAAUAGGCAAAAUGAACUGGAACUUGAUGAACCCUAAUAAUUACAUGUACAGUGCAAUUAAAAUUCAGAGUCAAUCAUUCGGUUUUCGGCGUUGUGCUAAAUAACCCUCAUUACAUAACACUUGUUUCUAUAUCUCAAACCGCCCUUGGAUAUCUUGUGAUGCCUACACCAAGUAACUUCAUACAUACUGUUUAGGCGAGUGCGUUCGAUAUGUUUGUUGAGCCGGAAGGGUGGUUGCCAUGUAGAUAAAUAUGAUUAUGGCAUAUUUUGAACGCAAGGGUUGCGUACAGCGAAACCUCUAUUUAAACUGUGUAUCAUUGAGACCUGACAAUACUGAUUAGGGUUAUUAAAGCACUGAAUGUACUGAUUAGGGUUAAGCACUGACCAUACUGAUUAGGGUUAAGAGGGUUAAUGGUUAGCUUCUAUUUAGGGUUGGGGUUUUCGUUAUAGUACUUAAAUCAAACCAGUUUCCAGCAGUGGAUCCUCGGUGGGCUAGUGGUUAGGACAUGAGGAGACUGCGGACCCGGUACUCCGGGAUCGAAUCCUGCUCGUAUUUAUGGAAAUUCUUUUUUCCUUUAAAAUUGAAGAGACUUCCACUUUGAUAACAUUUGUUGAGCAGAAACUGAGUCUCUGAGUCAAGAAACUUAGAAAUUUCAUGUAAGUGUAAGUGAAAAGGGAGAGGGUGGUUUGCGAUAUGGAAACAAGCACUUACCCAUUACAUGGAAGGGACAGUGAGCUUUGCGUGACAGAGGAAGAGCCAUAACUGAAUUAUGGAGGGGUAGGGGCUGGGGUUACUUGAACUAUGUAAGUUUAGCGACACCCAGCAAGUAUAUAACACUUUCUAAAGCUACAUGCAAACAGACACAACAACUGCCAACAUUGGUGGGCCAACAAUGUUGGGAGUUGUUGGGUCUGUAGUCACCGUGGUGUGCAAACAGAUGCAACAACUCCCAACAAUUUGUGGACCUGCAGUGAAUCAAUUGUGGGAAGGAUACAACCCAAAAGACUUUGGAGGCCAUGUGUAAUGUGUAUGCAUGGCCCCAACAUUGUUGGAAGAUCUGUGCAAAUGGAUGCAACAUUGUUGCGCUAUGCUUCAGUGAUCAUGGAACAAAAGACAUGUUGGGAGUUGUCGCGCAACAACUUGCAACAGGGUGUGCAAACAGGUGCAACAUGUAACAUCCAACAAUGCUAGGAGUUGUUGGCCAACAAUGCUGCGUCCAUUUGCAUGGGGCUUAACUUUCAAAUAUUAAUAUUAGAAUGUACUGCUUAUGGGGAGCAGGGACAGAUGUAUAAAUACAUAGUUAAUUAAGUAUGUUUUUUUGUUUCAGAUAAAUAAAGAUGAAAUAAUUAUUGUUUUAUCUUCUCACAAGUUCUACCAUAUUUCAAGGAAAGGAAAAUAAAAGAUGCUUGGAGUCUCCAAUGUAAUUUCACCACAGUCACUGUCCAAUCUACUGGGAAAGCAAUGGUACAGAGUCAAGGCUGCACUGUGUAUUAUGUUGUUAAUGGCAGCAAUGCCACUCUGUUUUAUCUUCACUACUUGUGUCUGGUUGUUUGGUAGAAAGUCUGAACAGCAUGACUAUCUUGAAGCAUCUCUUAGACGAACUGUGUUAGUGUCAGGAUUAGCCCACACAAAGGGUUUACAUAUUGCCAAAACACUGGGAAAGGCUGGCCAUCGUGUAAUUUUGGCUGACUUAGAAGAAUUUGGUUGUUCUGCUGCACAAUGGUCUUGCUUCAUUUCAAAGUUCUACACAGUCCCAGAUUUAAAUUCCCUGGAUGGCAGUGAGGCUUAUAUCAAAGGAAUGAUUAAUGUUGCAAAGACAGAGAAGAUUGAUUGGUACAUCCCAGUAAGUCAUACAAAAACAGCCCUUUGUGACUCAAUAAUCAAACAGCGUCUUGCCGAGGUGAAUCCACGAAUCAAAUGUCUGACUUUUGAUGAUCCAAAAUUGACAGCCAUUCUUGAUGAUAAGCUUCUUUUUCUAGAAGAAUGCCACAACCUAAAUCUGAGGGUACCUUACUUUAAAAAAGUAUAUAACUUGGCGGAGGUUCGUGAGGUGGCAAAGAAAGGGCUGUUUCUGAACUCCAAAUCACAUUACUUUUUGAAACCUCUGAAGCCAUACUCUGAAGACAGAUUGAACUUCACCCCUAUACCAAGCGACUCUACUGAAUUUGAGAAGUUCUUAGCUAACUAUGAAUCAAAGCUUAAUCGUGACUGUCCAUAUCUGGUUCACCAGUUUGUAAAAGGAAAAGAAUUUGCUGCCAAUGCCAUUGUUUCCAAAGGAAGUCUUCAAGCUUUUCAAGUCUGUCCUUGUUCACCAAUGCAAAUUGAUUAUGAUGUUACCAAACACCCUGAGAUAAAGAAAUGGGUGGAAGGGUUUUGUAAAGCCAAGAAAAUCACUGGUUGUAUUUGCCUCGACUUCCUUGAAGAUGAUGACUCUGGCGAAGUUUAUUGCAUAGAGUGUAAUCCACGUCUUCACUCAUGUGUGGUUUCUUACCAGAUGAAGCCAAAUCUUGAAGCAGCCUUACGUGGAGCUAUGGAAGAUCAAUUCCAGUUACCAAUGCCAUCAGAGCCAUCAGCUUCAUCAAAACAUGUCUAUUGGUUGUACAAUGAAAUUGCCAAACUUGGCCUUUUUCAGCAGGGAAUAGGAGAAUUCAUUUACACCUUGAUGAAUGGCAGAGAUGCAGUAUUUGAUGCAAGUGAUCCAUGGCCUUUCUUCAUGCUAAAUCACUACCAAAUGCCUGUUAUGCUGUUAAAGGCAUUCAUGUCGGGAAAAAGAUGGACAAUUACCAACUACUGUCUAGGACAACUACGAUAAACAUUUCUCCCGUUUUUUGAUUUGUCCAAAAAUAUAGUUUUUAGAAUUGUGACAAGGAAAUUUUUAGAAUUAUGUUAUAGAAAUUGACAGUGUCAAUUUUGUCCCUGGCAGCCAGUGGCUGACUUAUGUGGGGGAGUCUUAGUUGAAAAUGGGACCAAGAAAAAACUCAGUUUUAGAGGAUCAAAGACCACGACUUGAUAUAUUUAUGAAUUGCCUGUUAGUUUAAUAUAAAUAGUGUUACAGUUUGCACUUGCUUGAUGACAGUAUACAAAUAAUGUUAACAGGAUAGCCGAAAAGGGUUAGGAUGUAGGCUGGCCUCCCAGGUAAUUAAGUAGCUAUUCAAUAAUGUUAUGGUAUUGUUAUAAUGUCUUACUUGUUGCUAGCCAACUGUCAAUAACAGCUCAGUAACAAAAUCAGCUUCAUACAAAAACUAAGGUAUUUUAAUGAAGAUGUAAAUGCUGCUGUUUAAAUGAGAUCAAGAAUGUAAAAAGGAUUUCAACUUUUUAAAUUUCUUUUCUCGUGCUUUAUUAAAGUUUAUGUUUGAUAUGCCUCCAAUGCCUCCAUAAAUCACUGAAUCAGAUGCAACUUUUAAUUCA